AUAAAACAAAUAUUUCAGUACUUAUAAUUUAUUAAUAAGAAAAUUACUUAAUAGAUUUCACGUUCAGUACGCAAAUGACUCUUUGGAGAAAAUUGUUCGGCAAGUAUCUUUUAGUCACGAACACUGUAAGCUGCGGAUUAAUGAUGGCAGCUGCUGAUAUUAUUCAGCAACGCAAUGAAUAUUUGAAAAAGCAUAAAUGUUUAUCUAGUGGAAGUUAUGUGAUAGCAGCAUCCCUGGACACAGAACAGAAAUUUCAUUCUUUAAAUGUUCCCGAUAUUUACAUGCACGAUUAUGUACGAACUAAAAAUAUGAUGAUUGUGGGUCUACUUCAAGGGCCUUUCCAUCAUUGGUUCUACAUGAUUUUGGACAGGGUAUUCCCCGGAAGAAAUGCAAUAUCUGUUGUUAAAAAAACUUGUUUAGAUCAAACUAUCGCAAGUCCAGUAUGUCUAGGAAUAUUUUUUGUUGGUCUUGGUAUUUUAGAACACCAUAACGAAAAGGAAAUCUACGAAGAAAUAAAAAUGAAAUUGUAUGACACAUGGAAGGUUGAUUGUUGCUUUUGGCCUCCGACACAAUGUGUGAACUUCUUCUUCAUACCCUUUCGUUAUAGGGUACUGUAUACAAAUUUUAUGACAAUGAUCUAUGACAUCUUUCUAUCAUAUAUAAAAUAUGACGCGCAGUAUUAAUGAUAAAAAAUCGCA